AACCCCUCUCUCCCCCUCCCUCAUCCCUCUAUAACCUGAUUCUCCCAAGCCACGUCCUUUUCUCUCCCACAAAGCUAGAGGCAACAACCAGAACAUCGUUUCUGCUCCUCACAAUAUUCAACAAUGCGCCUCUCUCACUCUCAGGCAGUUCGGAGCAGCAAGCUUUGUUUAAGUCAUGGGAAAGAUCGAACAGAUUGAGCAUCAUGUUUAUGCGAAUGUGUAUUGCGAACAAUAUUAAGUCAACGCUUCCUCAAAUUGAAAAUGCAAAGAAAUAUUUCAAAACUGUGGAAGAUCGAUUCAGUUGAGAAGACAAGUCCCUUGGAGAGAGAUUAAUGGCUGAGCUUACCACCAUGAAAUCUAAUGGUAACUGUGGAAUGAAUUAGCAUGUCCUUGAAAUGACCAAUCUAGCUACCAGACUCAAAACUCUGAGAAUGAAUGUUGAUAAAAGUUUCCUUGUUCAAUUCAUUUUGAAUUCAUUGCCUGCUCAAUAUGGGCCAUUUUAGAUUCACUAUAACACUAUAAAGAGAAAGUGGAAUGUGGAUGAAUUGCCAAAUAUGCUUGUUUAAUAAGAGGCAAGGCUUAAGCAACAAGGACAACAUUCAGUUAAUGCUAUGAGUCAUGGAGUUGGAAGUAAAGGAAAGAAACCGAAGAAGAGUUUCAAGAAAGAUCUAUUGAAGGUUGCAGGAGCUUCUCAUGCUAAUGGGGCUCGCAAGAAGGAACAGAAUGGACCUAAAUGCUAUUUUUGUCAUGGAUAUAGGCAUUUAAAGAAAGAUUGCCCAAAACGUAGAGCUUGGCUCGAGAAGAAGAGGAUACCUUUCAAUCUAGAACAUAAACGAAAUGAGCAUUUUAUAGUUUUGGGAAAUGGAACUCAAGUACCAGUUGUUGGUGUUGGAACUUUACGUUUGCUUUUAGAGUCAAGGCACUGUUUGGACCUAUUUGAUACUCUUUAUGUUCCUACUAUUUCUAGAAAUUUAAUUUCCAUGUCAAGACUUGAUUAUGAUGGAUACGCCUUAGUUUUUGACAAUAAAGGUUUUCAUUUGUUGAGAAGUGACUCAUUUGUUGGUUUUGGUGUUUUAUCUUAG